UGCACAUAGGCAAAUAAUGUCAGAGGUGGAAAUUCAACCAUUCAAUAGUUGAUUAACUGUAGUUAUAUUUGUAAAUAAUUCGACUCAAAUUACUUUAAUAUUAUUUUAUCCAUAUCAAGACGACUUCUUUCAACAUAAACGUUUGUUUUGUUUUUGUUGUAAUCUGAACAGGUGAGCUCCCCGUGCGGCACUUAAAAAAUAGAUCGGAUUCGCUGUAAGUAUAAGAAAACAACAGUAACCCAUAAGAGCGAAUCCUCAUUAACGGCAGCAAUGAACUCAGAAGCAGAAGUCCUAUUAGAAACUGUUCACUUUGCUGCGGACAAACACCGAAAGCAGCGCCGCAAAGACCCGGAGGAAACGCCUUACAUCAACCACCCUGUCGGUGUUGCCAGGAUCCUGAGCCACGAGGGAGGUGUGACAGACAUAGAGGUGCUGCAGGCGGCACUACUCCAUGACACGGUGGAGGACACGGACACCACCCACACCGAGCUGGAAGCCAAAUUUGGCCCGGUGGUUGCUCGAAUCGUACAGGAAGUUACAGAUGACAAAAGCCUGCCGAAGCCCGACCGGAAACGGGCGCAGGUGGACCACGCAGCUCAGUGCAGCCGGCAGGCUAAACUCGUCAAACUGGCGGACAAGCUUUACAACCUGAGGGACCUAAACCGCUGCACUCCUGUGGGUUGGAGCAGCGAGCGGGUCCAUGAAUAUUUCGUGUGGGCUUGUGAGGUGGUGAGGAAGCUGAAAGGAACCAACUCCGUUCUGGAGGAGAAGCUGGCUGAGCUGUUUCGACAGAGAGGCCUGGACCUCUAAGUCUAUUCUCAAAAUAAAUGUGUUUUCCUUCAUA